AUGGCAGCGGUCUGUCCAACUCCCCAGGGUGCUGACCAUAGUGACAGAGCGGCAAUGCCCAAUGAGCUAUUACUACUGCGAAACCUGGCCCAGCUAGACACCUGGCUAUAUUCUUACAAGCAUUCCUGUGUCUGUCGCUUUAUCUGGCUUUGCUUACAUGGAUCUAGAUUAAGAGCAGUAACUCUCCAAGUGCACAGAGCAAAUGCACUACACAUUCAAUGCACUUAACUUCGGCAACGUGUAUCCCGUAAAUACCUUUUCCUGCCAACAGAGCUUAUUAAACCUGAUAUGCACCUAAUAGAAACUCUCUAUGGAGAUCUUAAUGGAUUCCUGUGCUGAAAGGAAAUUCUCUCUUUCCUUGGGCUGCAGCAGCUCCUGUGAAUUUGUUUGAGAGGGUGCAGCAGUGGUGCUGGCAAACCAGAGUAAACCCUGAGCCUUUGAAAUGAGAGAAAUGUGUGCAGAAUGCAGCUGGUGAUAACCUUUGUCCUUCAACUAGGCUAGUAGCAACACCCGCCAGCAGCCAGUGUGAGGUCUGUAAACAGCAGGCAGCAAAGAUCAAACUUGCUUCAGAGCAGAAAGUAAGGAUGAUAAAGGACAUGUAUAAGUUGUAAUCUCUGGCUGAAUCUCCACACUUAGCAACAGCCCUGCAAACUGUAGGAGAGAGACUGGCUGAAUGUGGUGGAGCUGCCCCUACACUCGAAGAAUUGAGAUGGAUGCCAUCCGGACCCUGAACACCCUCCAGACCAACGCCAGUUACCUGGACCAGGUGAAGCGGGAGAGAGGAGACCCCCAGGUGCAGCUGGAGGCCAUGAAACGCUUCUUGGAGCGAAGUGGGUUAAAGGUCGAAGACCUGGAUCAACUGAACAUUAUCCACGUAACUGGGACAAAGGGCAAGGGCUCGACGUGUGCCUUCACGGAGCGCAUCCUCCGCAACUAUGGCCUAAAGACGGGCUUCUACAGCUCUCCCCACCUGGUCCAGGUGCGUGAGAGGAUCCGCAUCAACGGGCAGCCGAUCAGCAAGGAGCUCUUCAGCAAGUACUUCUGGCAGGUGUAUAACCGGCUGGAGGAGACCAAGGACUCCGGCCACACCAGCAUGCCCGCCUACUUCCGCUUCCUCACCAUCAUGGCCUUCCACGUCUUCCUGCAGGAGAAGGUGGAUCUGGCUGUGGUGGAAGUUGGCAUUGGGGGUGCCUACGACUGCACCAACAUCAUCAGGAAGCCGAUCGUGUGCGGGGUCUCCUCUCUGGGGAUCGACCACACCAGCAUCCUGGGGGACACCAUUGAGAAGAUCGCCUGGCAGAAAGGGGGCAUCUUCAAGCCUGGUGUGCCAGCGUUCACAGUGCCCCAGCCUGAGCGGCCCCUGGAGGUGCUGAGGGUGCGAGCCAGGGAGAGCUCGUGCCCGCUUUACCUGUGCCCUGACUUGGGUGCCUUCGAAGAGGAUGAUCAGGCACUUCAGCUGGGGCUGGCGGGCGAGCACCAGCGAUGCAAUGCCACUCUGGCCCUGCAGCUCUCACGGGCCUGGCUGCAGCAGCAGGGGUAUCAGGGUACUGGGGAGCUGAAGGACUUGCAGCCAAGUGCUGAGCUACGAGGCAAGAGACCCGUGCCCCUGGCACCGGCCUUCAGGCCCAGCGGCUCCAUGGUGCAGGGUUUACGGGACACGGAGUGGCUGGGCCGCACCCAGGUGCUGCAGCACGGGCCGGUGACGUGGUACGUCGACGGGGCGCACACCACCAGCAGCGUGCAGGCCUGCGUGCGCUGGUUCCGCCAGGCAGCCCUCAACGAGGAGAAGCCUGUGGACGGCUCCGAGGUCCGGGUGCUUCUCUUCAACGCCACGGGGGACCGGGACACAGCUGCUUUGCUCAAGCUGCUGCUGCCUUGCCAGUUUGACUACGCCGUCUUCUGCCCCAACUUCACGGAGGUGUCUGCGGUGGGGAACGCAGACCAACAGAACUUCAACGUCACCUUGGAGAACAUGCUGACCCGUUGCCUGGAGAACCAGAAGAAGUGGAACCAGCUGAUGGAGGAGAAGGUGGGGCAGGGCCUCUGGCUGUCUCCCCACAUGCAGGUGGAGGGCGUGGGCAGCCUGCUGAAGCCAGACCCCUUGCGCAGCCCCCUGCUCUUCGUGCCCUCCUCCGAGCGUGCUCUCAACUCCAACUCGCUGGUGUUCCCCUGCAUCUCUCACGCCCUGCAGUGGAUCACCCAGGGCAGGGACCCACACUUCCAGGCGCCCGCCACCAAGGGGCUCCACCUGCACCCCGUGGCAGGCAGCGGCGCCGUCUUGCUCAAGGAAGCAGCCGCCAUCCGUGUGCUGGUCACGGGAAGCCUGCACCUGGUGGGCGGAGUCUUGAAGCUGCUCGACCAAUCGCUCUCGCAGUAGCGGGCGCCCGUGGGGGGGGCCUCCAUGCCGCUUUUUGCUGUUUACUUGAAAGUAAACGGCUCAGGGGCUGGGCACUGCUGGGGUUCUUGUGCUGAGCCCUUUGCAGCAGCUGGAUCUACCCCCUAGGACUGGGAUUGGGGCAGCCAGGGUCCACGUCCUGGCACCGGGAUCUUGUGCGGAGCCCCUCGCGGCAGUGCCACCUGCACCCUGGCACCAGGACUCUCACAUUCAGCCUCACCCCCACCUCCCCGGAGCAGGAUCCGCUCGUUAGUGCCAGGAUUUGGUCACUGCACUCAUGCAGGUGUCCCUAUUGCCUGGGCUGGGGAGCCUGGGGUGAGACCCCAGCAGCUGAUCUCCGCCCGCAGGGCAGCCCGUGGGGACUGGCUGCACCGUACGUUUACUUGAUGUUCCAUGGCGCUGUCCUUCCCGGAAGCUCACCGUCCCUGGCCUGGCCAAGCAGACAGGUGGGGAGCUCUUACUUGGGCCAGAGUGGAAUUCCUGGUCUCUGCCCUUCUGCUGCCUUCUCCCUACCGAAGCCUCUGGGCCCCACGGGGGGCUGAGGAGGGCAGUGUUCGUCUGCCAGGGUGAGGCUUUCCCCUGCCAGGCAUUCAGAGGGAGGCGUGCGCAUCGGGCAGACCCAAGCUGAGCAUCAGCCUCCCUUGGCUGGUGCGUUGCCUUCCCUGGGAGCUGCCCCAGCCGCCCCGCAGAACGAGUCUCUCCCCCCCCGCCCUGGUGCCUUUGUCUCUGCCCUGGUGUCUGUUCGGUUGAGCCGCACAAGCCGAGCGGUGUGCGAUCCAGGGAUGGGUUUGAGUCUCGCUGCUUCAGACUGUUCGGGCUCCUCUGGGACUGGGCUUGCCCUGGGUGAAUGCAGCCAGGUCCUGCCACCUGCGUGUAGAAUCGGCUCCGGAAGCUCUGGCUGGGUGCUCGUCAGAGGCCGUUAGUGCUGGGGUGUGUCUGGAUUGGGGUCCGGUUGGAACUGCCUGUGAUCGAAGGCCAGGAGUGCGGUGGGAGCUGUGUGCCAGGCACAGAGCCCCAAGUCGUGCUCACUCCCACCCAUUGGUGCUGCCGGGCAUGUUCACACAGCCCGUGGGGUGAGAUCCAUGCACUGUAGUGCCAAGGAGUCUCUCACAGUGAUCUUGGUGCCCCAUUAUGUGAGCUUCUCCCAGGCCAACAAUGGGGCAAUGGGGUCCAGUGUUGUGUAGGCAGGUCAUCCCCGAGUGCAGAGGGGCCUAGUGCAGGAUUUGUCCCUGUCUUUCCCUCCCGUCUCCUCCCAGUGCAGAGAUCUGUGCACUGGGGCUGAGACUCCUGCCUCUCUCCAGUGCUGGGCAGCGGGAUGUGAGGGCUCUCUGCAUGCCAUUUGCAAAGUGGGUGAUCCCCCCCAGACCCGGGUGGGCCAGGCGGCAGGCCGGGCUCGCUCUCUGCUGGACGGUAACUAUGAAUGACUGGUGGGCAGGGCAGGUGGGUCUGGGGGUCGGGAAGUCCUAGUAGCUGAGGAGCCGGGCUGCUUUCUGGACCUUAUGCAGUUCUCUGUUUGUGCUGGUGGCUGGCCUGCUACCCGGGUCGCUUUAGAAUGACAACUUCACCGCCCGGCAGUGUCCAGGCAAACGGGUGCUGGGAAUCGGCCUGAUCUCUCAGGGACCCUCGUUGAGCAGGGACUUCAGGAAGCAUCUGUCCACAGGAGCGGAGUCCCUCUGGCGCAAGAGUUGUGGAAACUGGCUCCAAGCCCCAAGGCCACGAGCCGCCUGCUGUCGUCACAGCUCAGCCAGUGUCUCUUGCUGCCCUCUGGGGGCGCGCUCCAUGCAGAAACCUGCUGAAAGCUGCACCAGGCCAGGCAGCGAGCUAGCUGUCCCUGCU